AGAGUCACAUCUCACAUGACUCCUGUCCAAUAGGAGGAGGGGGGCGUUCCCCAAGGGCUACCAUUAAUAAAGCCCCCCCACACUGGCAGAGAGGACCAUCUUGAGGAUCAUCAGAAGACCAGAUCAAACGUCAUCAUGGUGAAGAUCGGCAUCAACGGAUUUGGGCGUAUAGGGCGUCUGGUGACCCGGGCGGCCGCCACAGGAGGCAGAGUGGAGGUGGCGGCCAUCAAUGACCCUUUCAUCGACCUGGACUACAUGGUGUACAUGUUCAAGUAUGACUCCACGCACGGCGUCUGGAAGCACGGCGAGGUGAAGGCGGAGGGCGGCCAGCUGGUGAUCGGCAGCAUGCACAUCACGGUCUUCCACGAGAGGGACCCCGCCAACAUCAAGUGGAGCGGCGCCGGUGUGGACUAUGUGGUAGAGUCCACCGGCGUCUUCACCACCAUCGAGAAGGCCUCGGCUCACUUGAAGGGCGGGGCCAAAAGGGUGGUGAUCUCCGCCCCCAGCGCCGACGCUCCUAUGUUCGUCAUGGGCGUCAAUCACGAGAAGUACGACAACUCCAUGCAGGUGGUCAGCAACGCUUCAUGUACCACCAACUGCCUGGCACCACUCGCCAAGGUCAUCAACGACAACUUUGGGAUCGUUGAGGGUCUCAUGAGCACCGUGCACGCCAUCACCGCCACACAGAAGACAGUGGACGGUCCCUCCGGAAAGCUGUGGCGAGACGGACGCGGCGCCUCCCAGAACAUCAUCCCCGCUUCCACCGGCGCCGCCAAAGCCGUGGGGAAGGUGGUCCCCGAGCUGAAUGGGAAAUUGACUGGCAUGGCUUUCCGUGUCCCCACCCCCAACGUGUCCGUCAUCGACCUAACCGUGCGCCUGGAGAAGCCGGCCAAGUAUGAAGACAUCAAGAAGGUGGUCAAGGCCGCCGCAGACGGUCCCAUGAAGGGAAUUCUGGGAUACACCGAGGACCAGGUGGUGUCCACAGACUUCAACAGCGACCCACACUCCUCCAUCUUUGACGCCGGCGCCGGCAUCGCCCUCAACGACAACUUUGUCAAGCUGGUGUCCUGGUACGACAACGAGUUUGGCUACAGCAACCGCGUGUGCGACCUGGUUCUACACAUGUUCACCAAGGAGUGACGACGUGAUUCCACCACCGGUCACGUGACGGCGAUAGCUGUAUCCUAGCAACCGCUUGCUUUCAAACUAUUGCCACUUUAUUAAGUACACAAUAUUAGUAUGCUGACUAUUGUCUUAUUCAAAGCAGCAGUUAUUGAUUAAUUUAUUGAUUCAUGUCUACUUUUAUUUAUAGAGUUUGGGUUUAUUUCUAACAUGCAUGCAUUUUUAUUUUUAUCUUAUCUUAAGUAGCAUUUAUUAAUGAAUACAUUGACAAAUGUCUGUUUACUUUUGUUUUAUUUAAAGGACUAGAUCAGGGGUAGGGAACCUAUGGCUCUAGAGCCAGAUGUGGCUCUUUUGAUGACUGCAUCUGGCUCUCAGAUAAAUCUUAGCUGACAUUGCUUAACACGAUAAGUAAUGAAUAAUUCAGCUGGUAAUCACAGUGUCAAAAAUAACGUUAAAAAUACAAACCAUUCUCAUGCAUUUUAAUCCAUCUAUCCGGUUUCUACCGCACCUGUUCAAGAAGUUGGAUUAAUGGUAAGAAGUAUUUUAUUUAUUUUUGGUUAGCCUCAGAAUAACAAUGUUAUUAAAAAGAAUAAGAGACGUAUUAUACUCUAAAAAUGUUGAUCUUUCUUAAAAUGCACGCAUGUAGUUGUACUCAGUGUUAAAAAAAAUAUUUGGCUCUCACGGAAAUACUUUUAUAAAUAUUUGGCUUGUAUGGCUCUCUCAGCCAAAAAGGUUCCCGACCCCUGGACUAGAUAUUAAUGAGUACAUUGAUAACUUUUUACAUUUCUGACAAAAAUCUAAUUCAAAAGAUAUAAGAUUAUAUAUACAGCACAGGCCAAAAGUUUGGACACACAUCCUCAUUUAAUGCAUUUUCUUUAUGUUCAUGACUAUUUACAUUGUAGAUUGUCACUGAAGGCAUCAAAACUAUGAAUGUGGAGUUAUGUACUUAAUAAAAAAAAGGUGAAAUAAUUAAAAACAUGUUUUAUAUUCUAGUUUCAGGUCACUAUCUCUUGAAGCUCAUCGAGAGAAUGCCAAGAGCGUGGAAAGCAGUAAUCAGAGCAGAGGGUGGCUAUUUUGAAGAACCUGGAAUAAAAAACAUGUUUUCAGUUAUUUCACCUUUUUUUUUUGUUAUGUACACAACUCCACAUGUGUUCAUUCAUAAAUAAAUAAAUGAUAAAUGGGUUGUACUUCUAUAGCGCUUUUCUACCUUUAAGGUACUCAAAGCGCUUUGACACUACUUCCACAUUCACACACUGAUGGAGGGAGCUGCCAUGCAAGGUGCUAACCAGCACCCAUCAGGAACAAGGGUGAAGUGUCUUGCUCAGGACACAACGGACGUGACCAGGUUGGUACUAGGUAGGGAUUGAACCAGGGACCCUCGGGUUGCGCACGGCCACUCUCCCACUGUGCCACGCCAUAUUUGUGAUGCCCUUACUGACAAUCUACAAUGUAACUAGUCAUAAAAAUAAAGAAACCCCAUUGAAUGAGAA